CCGGAAUCCGCUGGUUUUGGUGGAGGCAGGAUUGAAGUGCGACCCUGUGUGCGGAAGGCAGCGAGAUGAGUGACUUGCCCGAGUACGACACGGUGGGCUGGGGAAUCCUCACGGGCAGCCCGUGGUGGCCUAUGUAUGUGUGUGACCCACAGAAACUUCGACCGAAACUGCACACAUUGGGUGGCGCGCACAGCUCGAUCUUGAGAAAAGCGAAAUGCUUCCCAGACAACUAUCGGAUCGUGUACUGGUUUGGAAGUGCAACAUUUUCGUUGAUGAGGAAGGGUACAACGAGGCUGUGGAAUUCAGAAGAGCACGAUAAAUUCGUCAAAGGAUUCCCCCAAGCUCCAUUUGUUGGUACCAAGAAGUCACCAGGAAGCAUUUCGAUGGACGAUCUCAAAGUGGCCAUCGAGGAAGCAGAGGAUUUUCUCGCACAAGACGAGAGCAUGCGACUCCUUAAGCACAUGGUUCCGUCCGACAUGAACCCGUCGAUGGACCCGCCACCGCCAGAGGACGACGAAGAUGACGACGAGGACGAAGAUCGCGAUGAAGAAGUCGAAAAAGAUGACGAAGUUGACAACGACAGCGACGACGACGACGAAAAGCCGAUCAAACCGAAGAAAAAGGACAAAAAAGAAGCGAAAAAAUCCAAGAAAAAGUCGUCGUCGUCCAAGCGGAAAUCCAACCCCGACGACGACAGCAAGCCAAAAAAGCGCAAGAAAUCGUCGAAAAAGGACGUGGACGCCGCUGCCCGAGACGACGAUGCCACGCCCAUCAAGAAGAAACCAUCGGCGUCCGAGGUUGCGGCUGAAGAACCGGACAAACCCGAUGACAACGUGCUCAAAGUUCGUAUCGAGGACGAAAUCCGAAACGUGCUGAGCACAGGCGACCUCGAGCAGCUCACGACGCGCAAACUGAGACAGCACUUGGCGGACACACUCAAGAUGGACCUCCGGGACCAUAAAAACACCAUCAAAGAAGUCGUGAACCGCAUUAUCGCGGGAAUGGACUCGGUGCCUGAAGCACCCCCGCCAGUUGCAGUACCGGAAUCUGUCGAGCCAAUUGUGCUUUUGGAGAGAAUCCACGGCGCUACAGGCGAGGACGUGAAAGAACCCCUCGAGUUGCUGCUGCCUAUCGCCUCCAAACUGAACGAUACCCAAAUUGCAGCAAUUUCUGCACGCGUUGUCGAGUGGACUCGUCAUGACGAUGCGCGACUGGCUGAGAUGGCCAAGUCGCUUGCCGCCACGUGGAAAUUGGAGCCACCGGCGCCUUCAUUGACUGCAGACAAAAUCUUGGCGUUGAAAGCUACGCUCGAAGCGGACGGAUCGCCUAACGAUGUCAUGCUGGAGGCGAUCGCCCAGCUUGCACAGGCACAUACGGCGUUUGACGUGCUCAGGAAGACCAAGAUUAUCGCGACGGUGGCUCAACUCCGUCACCAUGUCAACGACAAGGUGUCGACGGCAGCCAAAGAAUUGCGCAACAAGUGGAAAAAGGAUUUUGUCGAAACCCCAGCGCCCCCGACGACAAUCGAGUUGGGGCUGCUGUCCAAGUUGGAAACGAUGCGGCGAGAGCUCGAAAAGGACUCGUCGGCGGACGAAGCGCUCCAAACGGCGCAACUUGCAAGUCUCAACGAGCUGGCGCAAAUGAACUUGUCCACACAGGACAUCGUGGCAUCUCAGAUCGGUCUCGUUGUGUCCAAAUUGCGAAAGGCCAAAAAUACCACGCUGGCCAAGACAGCUCAUGACCUGAAGCACAAGUGGAAAGAAAUGGCCAAGGAAUAGUCGGCGACAUGGCAGAAUCGUUGGUUGACAUGAGUGUGUAUUGAUCAGAAGCACUUGGAAUGAACGAUGGCAGGUCCCCGGGCGUCGUAGUCGUCGCGGCUGAUCCAGACGCCGUCGCGAAGACCCUUGACGUACAUGCUCGCACCGACAAACGGCGCGUACUGGGUCUUUCGAACCACGUC